GUCGGCCGGUGACGUCGCAUCCCUGCCAGGUGAAACAGCUGCUUCGCCUUUGACGGAGAAACGCGUUGGAGGAGACUUCGGUGUACUGCAACUAGCAACGGAUGCUGACAGCGGGCGCACGAGCCAGUUUCGCCACUUCACCAGGCAUGCACGUUCUUCCAGGCAGACAGCUGCAGAAACGAACCGGGCCAGAGGAAUUAUGAACCCACUUCUUUGAUCUCUCCUUGACCGGAGCCAUGUCAGGCAAACGGCUUCUCGACCAGAUUCGUCACUACCAGAAGGACAUAGAAAGAUGUCCAGAAAACACGGAACGCAUGAUAAGAUGCAUUCAGAGGCUCUAUGUAUUGCCAAUUUUGGUCCAACAUUUACAAGAGACUGGAGUCGGGAGGAGCGUCAACGCUCUCCGAAAAUACAAUGGGGAAGUUGGGAAUGCUGCGAAAGCUCUCGUUGCAAAAUGGAAAGCGAUGGUUGCUGCCGAAGAGAUGAAUGAAACCGAACCCGAGGUAUACGAACCUAAGCAGCCUGAAGCGAAAGUCAGUCCUCCUGUUUCAGUGAAACACAGGGAAACCGAAAAGAGUGAAAAGAACCACAGAGAUAAAACUAAAGAGAAACAUAAAGAACAUGAUAAGUCAAAAGAUAAUUAUAAGAAAGAAAAAGAAAAAUCUAGUUAUAAACAUAAUGUUAGUAGUAAAAAUCAUUCAGAAACUAAUGGCGAAACACACAGAAGUGAGAAACAUCACACGUCCAAAAGAUCUCACUCUUCGUCGGUUUCAAAUGUUGAACAUAAAUACGAUAGGCAUAAACAUUCUCGAAGGGAGAAAGUUUCUUCUGAUGAGGAUAGCGAUAGCAGUCCAAGUCUAAAAAAGAGCAGGAAGCAUAGUCCAAAACAUGAACAUAAAAAGCGAAAAGUGGUCGAGGAAAGUGCAUCAGAUGAGAGCGAAGAUGAAAGCGAUUCAGACAACGAUAGAGAAGCGGCAAGUGAAAGUUCUCAGUCUUCAGAUGAUCAAGAAUCCGAAGAGGAAGCGGAGGAGGAAAUCGAGGAACAAGAAGUAGAGGAGAGCUCAAAAUCAGACUCUGAAACUAGUGAGAGUGACAAAUCCAGCGAUCACAGGCACAGGUCGAAACACCAUAAGUCAUCCCAUCAUCACAAGUCUAGUCAUCAUGACAAACGAAGCCGUUCGAGUUCAGACUGUAAAAAGAAAGAAUCAAGCUCCUCAUCAUCUAAAGAAAAAAAUUCAAAGGAUCUAAAAGAAUUGAUACAGGCUAAUGAGAAAAAAGUGAAAAAAGAAAAACUCAAUUCUAAAGAAGGGUCUAGCUCAAAAAGUAGCAAGCCUUCCAAAGUCAAAAUUGAAAGGAAUGAAGAUGGAAGUAUUGACCAAGGAUCAGGCGCUAGUUUUGCAGAUGCCCUCAUGGGUGUAGGCUACGUUGCAAAAAAGAAAAAGAAACCAAAAGAAGAAAACUCUCCUAAAAGUUCGAGUUCAUCGAAAUCAUCUAAGUCGAAAUCCUCCCACAAUUCUUCAUCGACGUCAUCAUCCUCACGCAAUAAAUCCUCCUCUUCCACCUCUUCAAGCCAAGACGGUUUCAAAAUGCCUGAAGCCCUCAGCAAGCCUGUCAAACUCGAGCCUCUCAAUUUAGAUAUUGAGAACACCCUGCCCGAAAUCCUUCCUAAUUACAAACCGCUUCCUCACAUACCCGAAAACAUCCGAAGGAAUUCAAAGCCGAUGUCUGAAGAAGACACGAUGUUGUCUCUUAUGACUACUAAGAAUCUGAGGACCAAAGUUUACUCUGGUGCAAAAUUCGGAGUCUAUCAUCAAGUGCCUUCCUUAUACAAUCUUUGCUUGCAGCUUCUGUCUGCAAACAUCGAUGCUUUGGAGUUCACUGGUGGUGUUCCUUACAACAUUCUUAAACCAUUAUUAGAGAAACUGAAUGCAGACCAGUUAUAUGUAGUGGAACAUUAUAAUCCGUACCUAAUAGAAGAAACUGAUCCUCUUUGGCAGUUCCACUGCAAGAAAGACUUUAGAGGGGAACAACGACAGGAAAUGGAAUCUUGGAGGGAUCUUUACUUGAGAUGCAUGGAUGAAAGAGAGAGAAAAUUAAAAGCUGUAACUUCAAAUAUACACCAUGCUAUAGCAAAGUCGACUCCAGUGAGAACAGCGAAGCUGGCGUAUGUUGACAGUGUUGUUAAACCUCCACGAAAUAUUGCAAGAAAACAGGCUAAAUUUGGAACUGCUAUCUCUUCAUCUUCGGCUUCAUCUUCAAGCAAACCUUCGUCUAGUUCUGAUACAAAACACCAGCUUUUGGCUAAAGCGGUAAUCGGUGGCCAUACGCCUGGUGUCCAAGCGACAACGACAGUUCCUGCCCCUCCUCACUCUAUUUCCAGGGGGACACCUCAAAUAAUGAAGAAAAAGAAGGCACCGUUAAUGGCCAAGGCAUUACAACUUAUAAAAGGAAACCGAUUCAAACGAUGAACAGUGUUUUGAAAACAUUGAUGUUUUCAAACCAAAGUCUUGUUAUUCAUGUUUAAUGUUGUUGCACAUUUUGGAGAUCGUCUAUUCUUAUAUUACCUGAGAAAAACCGUAAUAGUUUUAAAUAUUUAAACUUUAAUGUUGGAAGAAAUCUUUAGACUAUCGAUUUUAUCAAGCUGUAUCUUCCUGUUUUGUGAUUUUAUUUAAUAUUUUUCCUUUUGUAAUUUUAAUUUGUGAUGGCAACCUAAUGUACAUAAAAUAAUUUU